UUAAGAGGCUACUAAAUACACUUUCCAUAUGCAACUUAUAUUUAAAUGGUUCUUUUUCAUAUUAGCGCAGAAAAGGGCACAUCCAUCUCUUAAAAUAGAUGAAAAGCAUGCCAAAAAAUUAAUCGCAAAUUAUGAGCCACCAAACCCACUGACUCAAUGACCCAAUAAAGUGCCCGGUCCAGUUGGCACCGUCCCAAUCACUCCCUUUCUCCAUAUCUGAGAUCUCAUUCUCAUCCUGGCAGUCGGGAACUCGGGAUCGAUGGUCAAUGGAUCACCGGCGAUCUACACCUCUCCUCGCCAGCGGCUGCCGCCGGUUCGUUCACUUUGACGGGCCACCACCAAGUCGCCUCCUCAGAUUGUAGGCGGCGCCAAGGAAGGUUCCAAAUCAAAGUUUGACAGGAUAGCACCAAGAGCAGAGCUCUCAGAUCGAUCAGAAAGGUACCCUGGCGACGAUGUUCUCCUGCGACAUGGCGAGCCGGUGGAGGGAGCUGCACGGCAGCGGCCACUGGGACGGCCUGCUCGACCCGCUGGACGUCGACCUCCGCCGCUGCCUCAUCACCUACGGCGAGAUGAUCAUGGCCACGUACGAGGCGUUCAUCGGCGAGCACCGUUCCCCGAACGCCGGCAUGUGCAGGUACCGCCACGCCGACCUGUUCCGGCGCGUCGACGUGUCCCAUCCGGGCUGGUACGCGGCCACCCGGUACAUCUACGCCACAGCCAACGCCGACGUGCACGGCAAGGUGCUGCUCCGGCCGCUGUGCCGGGAGGGACGCGCCACGGAGUGCAACUGGAUGGGGUACGUCGCCGUGGCCACGGACGAGGGCGCCGCCGCGCUCGGGCGGCGCGACAUCGUGGUGGCGUGGCGCGGCACGCAGCGCGCGCUGGAGUGGGUGGCCGACCUCAAGCUCGCGCCCGCAUCGGCGGCCGGGAUCCUCGGCCCGGAGGGCGCCGACGGGACCGACCCGUCGGUGCACCGCGGCUACCUGUCGCUGUACACCUCGGAGGACCAAUGCUCGGAGCUGAACAAGCAGAGCGCCAGGAUGCAGGUGUGCGCGCCCCGCCCUGCUCCCUCCUUGACACUCUUGUGGUUGUACGGUACCAGUACUACUUCCUCCGUUUCACGAUGUAUUGACAGAGAUAGCGAGGCUGAUGGACAAAUACAAGGACGAGGAGACCAGCAUCACCGUCAUCGGCCACAGCCUGGGCGCCACCCUGGCCACCCUGAACGCCGCCGACAUCGCCGCCAACUCGUACAACACGUCCAGCCUCAGCCCGUCCGGCGAGACCCGCGCCCCGGUCACCGCCGUGGUGUUCGGCAGCCCGCGCACGGGCGACCGCGGCUUCCGCGACGCCUUCCACCGGCUCCGGGACCUCCGGAUGCUCCGCGUCCGCAACCGGCCGGACCGCAUCCCGCACUACCCGCCGGUGGGCUACGCCGACGUCGGCGUGGAGCUGCUGAUCGACACGCGGCUGUCGCCGUUCCUCAGGCGCCACGGCAGCGAGUCGCAGUCGCACGACCUCGAGUGCCACCUGCACGGCGUCGCCGGGUGGCACGGCGACCACCGCGGGUUCGAGCUGGUGGUCGACCGGGACGUGGCGCUGGUGAACAAGUUCGACGACUGCCUGGCGGACGAGUACCCCGUGCCCGUGCGAUGGAAGGUGCACCACAACAAGAGCAUGGUGAAGGGUCCCGACGGGAGGUGGGUGUUGCAAGACCACGAGCCUGAUGACGACGACGACGACGACGACGACGAUUGAUCGUAGGUUUCGAUAUGUACCAUCGCCAUGGGGCGUGACAACUUUUGUCUUCUCUAUCUUGAUUUCUUCUGAUAAUAGUGGUUUUGGUGGUUUUUGUUAGUUGUGUCAUAGAUUAAACUUCCAUAAGUACAAUAUAUUAGCUACAAAUUUAAUCUCACGAUUCUUUGUGGCUCCAAUUCAUAA